CCGGCGGGCGGCCGGGCCGAGCCCCGCAUGGAGCCCUAGGGCUGCGGGCAGCAUGUUCAGCCCGGACGGGGGGCUGCCGGCCGCCCCCUUCGGCCUCCUGCCUGACGCCGGGCCGCCCUUCCCCCGCAGCGGCUUCGACGGGGCGGCCGCCCAGCCGCUCUUCUUCCCCUUCUCCGCCGAGCCCGAGGCCGCCCGCGACCCUGCGCCGGCCCGCGCCUGGCUGCCCCCGCCCGCUGGGCCGCCCGCCAAGGCGGAGGCGCGCCCGGGCCGGCCCUGCCGUCAGCCCUCGCCCGAGCCCCGCGCCGCGGGCUGCUGCGGCCCGGCCUGGCCCGCCCCGCCCUGGGCCGGGCCCGCGGCCCCCAACGCCGCCAACGCCGCCCUGCCCGGCCCACCCUUCCCCGGCCCCGCCGCCGCCUUCCCCGGCCCCCAGCUCUGCCCCGCUGCCCUGCAGCCGGGCUCCGGCGGGCUCUCGGGGCUGGGCAGUAGCGGCAGCUCCAGCGGUGCCGCCAGCGAGGGCGGCCACUCCAGCGACAGCGGCGACGAGGAAGCGCCAACCUCGGAAGAGCUGGAGCAGUUUGCCAAGGACCUCAAGCACAAGCGCAUCAUGCUGGGCUUCACCCAGGCUGACGUGGGGCUGGCUCUGGGCACCCUCUAUGGGAAGAUGUUCAGCCAGACGACCAUCUGCCGCUUCGAAGCGCUCCAGCUCAGCUUCAAGAACAUGUGCAAGCUGAAGCCGCUGCUACAGCGUUGGCUCAACGAGGCGGAGAACACGGACAACAUGCAAGAGAUGUGCAAUGCGGAGCAAGUGUUGGCCCAAGCCCGGAAGAGAAAACGCAGGACCAGCAUCGAGACCAACGUGAAGGGGACGCUGGAGAGUUUCUUCCGCAAGUGCGUGAAGCCCAGUCCCCAGGAGAUCUCCCAGAUCGCUGAGGACCUCAACCUGGACAAAGAUGUGGUCCGGGUCUGGUUUUGCAACCGGCGCCAGAAAGGCAAACGGCUGCUGCUGCCCUUUGGCAACGAGGCGGAGGGGGUGAUGUAUGACAUGAACCAGCCCCUGGUGCCCCCCGGCCUGCCCAUCCCGGUGACGUCCCAGGGCUACAGCCUGGCUCCCUCCCCUCCUGUCUACAUGCCGCCCUUCCACAAAGCUGAGAUGUUCCCUCAAGCGCUGCAGCCUGGGCUCUCCAUGAGCAACAGCAGCCACUGAACCGGGGGCUGCGGGGCUGGCGGUGGUGCCGCCCCGACACCGUGGCUGGGCUGGUUCUUGUGGGGGACAGCUGGGCAGCUCCCCCCUUCACCCUGGGAGGGCACGGCCACUUGCUGCGCUGCCUUGGGGCUUUUGGGGCGUGAGGGGCAGGGGAAGGGCUGGUAGCCCGGUAUGGGGAUGGUGCCUCUGCUCUCUGCGGUUGCUCCCAGCCCUUCCCCGUUAUGUGAAUUUACUGGUCCCAGCAGUGUUGGCUCCCCACUCCAACCUGUCCUGGGGGGUGGCUGCUUCUGCCCCACUGCACCCAUGAGUCUCCAUGUCGCUGCACAGAGCUGCCUGCACCCGGCCCCACCUGAGCCGCUCCUGCAAGACCCAGAGAAAAAGUAUUUUGUUGUUUGGUUUGUUUUUUUUUUUUUUGAGGGGUGGGUUGGGGGAGGGGGGUGGGGGGGAUGGUUUUAUGUAUUUUUUUUUUUUUUCCAAUGGUUUUGGUUGUAGUUUUUAUAAAGCAAAAAUCUUUGUAGCGAUUGCUAGUUUCCCAGAGUCCUCUCCCUGUCACGUAGUGCUGGGCUGGGGCGCUGGGCCCAGGGCUGGGGUCCCAGGUGGCUCUGCCUGGGCGGCCGGGCCAGGGGCUGCGGUGUGGAGCUGGAGCUGAGCCCUGGCAGCCCCGCCUUCCCUCGUCCUGUGGCACACAAGAGCUUCCCCCAUCCCCGGGCACGUGGCAGGGCGUGUUUUGGAGGCUUUGUGCCCAGCAACACCAUGGGUCCCCUGGUCCCUCUGCCCGCUCGCCAGCCCUGGUCCCUCUGCCCCAGCCCAGCUGCCCAGGGACCAUCUUUCCCUGGGGGUCCCAGCCCAGGGGGGCCAACACCGUCCUGUCCAUGCUGCUAGCACCCCGUGCCUUUGAGCCUGCUGUAGUUGAUGAUUUAUAUAUUUUUUUUCUUAAUCAUAUUCCCUCUGGUGAUGAAAUAAAUCUCAGUUCUUUGGGGCAUGAA